AUGCCACAGUGGAUUACGAGAAACCCAAUAAAAGAGGAAGGGUGGACUGCCUGUCUACAGACUCUAGAAGGACAUACCGAUUCAGUUAGCUCGGUCAUUUUCUCGCAUGAUUCCAAGCUCCUCACCUCAGCCUCAGACGAUCAUACUGUUAGACUGUGGGAUACUAACAGGGGCCAGUGCCUAAAGACUCUAGAGGGCCACAGCGAUUCUGUUAGGUCGGUCGUUUUCUCACAUGAUUCCGAAGUCCUCGCCUCAGCCUCAAGCGAUCAUACGAUCAAGAUGUGGGAUAUCAGCAGUAGCCAGUGUCUGAAGACUCUCGAAGGCCACAACGAUUCAGUUGACUCAAUCAGUUUCUCGCAUGAUUCCAAGCUUCUCGCCUCGGCCUCGAAUGAUCAUACUAUCAAGCUAUGGGAUACUACUAACAGUCAGUGCCUAAGGACCAUCAAAGCCCAUCCCACAGGUAUCCUGUCGGUAGAUUUUUCGCAUGAUUCCAAGCUUCUUGCCUCGGCCUCAGCUGAUGAAACUAUCAAGUUAUGGGAUACCAGUCGUGGUGUGUGCCUAGGGAUCCUCGAAGGCCAUAUCCACCUUGUCACUUCCGUUGUUUUCUCGCAUGAUUCCAGUCUGCUAGCCUCGGCUUCAGGAGAUAGUAUGGUCAAGGUGUGGAAUACCCGCAGUGGUCGGUGCCUAAAGACCCUCGGGGGCCAUGAACAUGUCGUGUUCUCGGUUGCCUUCUCUUAUGAUUCAAAUCUCCUCGCCUCGGGUUCAUCAGAUGGCAUAGUCAAGAUCUGGACUAUAAGCAGUGGCCAGUGCCUACAGACCAUCAAGGGCCAUAGCCAUGGCGUUUUCUCGGUUGCUUUCUCUCAUGACGCCCAAGUUCUCGCCUCAGCUUCAGGAGCUGGUACUAUCAAGAUCUGGGACACUUCAAGAGAUAGAAACCAGAGCCCACGGAUCCUCGAGCGCCAUAGUAGUUCUGUUACCUCUCUUGUUCUCUCCCACGAUUGCAAAGUUCUAGCCUCGACUUCCACUGAUCAUACUGUUAAGCUGUGCGAUAUCAGCCGCCGCAAUUGCCUACAGACCCUUGAAGGCCAUAGUGAUUCCGUGACGUCGGUGAUCUUCUCCCCUGAUGCUGCACUCCUCGCCUCGUCUUCGGAUGACGGUAACAUCAAGAUAUGGGAUAUCAGUAGCAGUGACAACCAGUGCCGACAGACCCUUGGGGGCCAUUUCGACUUUUUACCUUGUUCAUCUUCUCCCCUGAUUCCAAGCUCCUUGCCUCAACUCCGGAUUAUGAUAUUAUUAUGA